UAAUGUUUUCAAAUUUAUGCAGGUUGGAACCUUCUAAAGAAUGCUCUAAUACCAUAUCCGCAUCUUUCAAAAAUCAACUUGAUCCCAAUGGAAUCAAUUGGAAAGGUGUCUCGGAAGAUACUAGAGAUUUUUAUUUUGGGGAAUUCAAGAAGACAUACCAUUGGGACUCUUCGAUUCCUGAGAGUGUAAUCAGAAAACAUUGGAAUGCUAAGGCAGCAACAAAGUAUAGGAAUUUCAUUAGCAAAAUUAAACAAAAAAGGAUUAAGCCGGAUUAUGUGUCUGAUAAUGUGUGGGAACGUUGGUUGCAACUUUGGGCGGAUCCUAAGUGUGUUGAAAAGUCAGAAAUAAAUGCAAAGAAUCGUUGUGGAGGGAAAGAAGUUGCUGCCGGGACCCAUACAGGUGGCUCUAUCUGCAUUGGGGAGCAUCGCAAGAGACUUGCUGUUGCAAAGGGUCGAGAUCCAACACCAGGUGAGGUACAUUUGCACGUCCAUACACAUGAUCAUGAUGGAGAAUCUUUUGUUGAUGAGCGUGCCCGAGCUGUCCAUGAAAGAUAUCAAGAAAUAUUACGGGAAAAAUCAGAGUCUCAGUCUGAUAUUGAUCAAUGUGAAGCAUAUUACGAAGUCACGGGGGAACAAGGAAGAGAAGAAUAUAUGGUCUUGGAUCUCAAGCACAAAGUUAUUAUGGGCCGAAUCUUUGCGUCAAUUUUGGCUUUAAUGCUUCAACAUCAGCACCACCUUCAACUUCUCAAUCAAAGACCGAUUUAGAAAAUAUGGAGGAGUUAGUGAUGCGAUUGGUUCCUGCACUGACUGAUCGCUUGAUUCCUUUAUUUAUUGAGAAGGCACGCGGAGUGAUUUCUUCACAUCACAUCAUCCAAAUGCUCCUAUCGACGUACCAUCAGUUGUGACACCCAUAGUGCCUCCUCCUACUGCUGCUAACGUUGACGAAGUUGAUCCUUUAGUUUCUGAUGAUGAUCGUAGUCCUUCACCCAUGCAUUAGUUUUUUAUGUUAUCUGCUUUUUGUUGGAAAGAACAAAAUUAUGCACUAACAAUACUUGAUGGAUGUGUGGGUUCUUUUGGUAGUUGAUAGCUUGGUGUUGUCGGUGUUUUGGACUUAACGAUUAGAAUUCCGCUAUCUAUUUUGAAUCUUUUUUAUGAAUAUUAUUUUAUGUGAA